CAAUAACUAAACCCGUUUCAUCUUCCCACUCUCUUUAAAAAGCAAAUAGUCAAUAGAAACACUCAAAAAUAGAAUUCUCAUUCACAUCACGCGUUAGUCCCCGAUAUUCCACGCGCCGCCAUUACGUAAUGGAAUCACCAAACGGUGACCAUAAUCCAUCCAAGAAACCGAAUGGAUCGGAUGAAGAUCAUACCCAGAUGGAUCCGACCCUGAAACUUGAUCUGGGUCGGAUUGAAAUCAACAAUGGUGAAGUAACCGAUGAAAAUGGGUCAUCAUCUUCAACAACAACAACUCCAAAUCGGUCAAAGAAAUCGGUGCGAUGGAGUCAAGAUUUAGUUGAAGAAAGAACUUUGCCGCCGUUGGAAAAAAAUGAAUCUUUUGUUGUUCGGACAAGUGAAUCUCAUAGUAGUACUAAUUCACAAGCAUUUAAUAUUAAUAGUUCAAUGGUGACAAUUAAAGAUACAUUUGGUAGAUGGAGAAAGAAAGUUGGAGAAGCUACAAAGAAAGCUGAAGAUCUUGCUGGAAAUACUUGGCAACAUUUGAAAACGGCUCCUAGUCUUACUGACGCUGCUUUGGGAAGAAUUGCCCAAGGAACCAAAAUUUUAGCAGAAGGAGGUUAUGAGAAGGUAUUCCGACAAACAUUUGAGACGGUCCCUGAAGAGUUACUUCAAAAUUCAUAUGCCUGUUAUUUAUCUACUUCAGCUGGUCCUGUGAUGGGGGUUUUAUAUGUAUCUACCGCAAAGCUUGCAUUUUGUAGUGACAAUCCAUUGUCAUAUAAGACUAAUGACAAGACUGAGUGGAGCUAUUAUAAGGUGAUCAUCCCUUUACAGCAGCUGAAAGCAGUUAACCCUUCUAUUAGUAGGGCCAAUACUUCUGAGAAAUAUGUCCAGGUCAUUUCUGUUGACAGCCAUGAGUUUUGGUUUAUGGGUUUUCUAAACUACGAUGGUGCUGUAAAGUGCCUAAAAGAUUCCAUAGAAGCACACACUACACGGUCCAUGGUGUGACACUAGAUUCAGUCUCAUCAUGCUAAGCUUAUGCUUCUUCUUGAUAUCGUUGAAUGGUUCUUCAAAGCCGUUGAAGUGGAAAGAAUUUUUUGAUGGAUGGUGCUAAUUGUUGUAAAAAAAAUGCUCAUUUAUGAAGGUGUAAAAAAAUGAUGCACCUACACAUGCUUUGUAAUUUUUUCAUUUGAAUAGAUUAAGUUAAUAAUUUUGUAAUUCAUGUUUUUGCUUAAACUCAUCUCAUUCUAGAAUUUUUAAGCAUUUUGUUGGUGGAUUUCAAUUUUAUGAAAUUUUAAGAUUGAUUA